AUGGACUCAGAAUCCCUGAGACAGAGAUUCUCAGACCUUAUUGCUCGGUCACAACCAUACAUUGAGCAAGCAAAUGUCCGUAUUCAACCCUACGUUAAACAAACCAACGACCAUCUUCAGAAAUCUAAACACCAUUGCUCUUCGAUUCUAAAGUCAGCUCAGUCGGACCUACAGAGAUUGUCACAAAGGUCCCAUUUCAAAGAAGUCCUCUAUGGCCUGACUCUGUUUGUCUUCCUCGCCUUUGCUAUCGGCCGGUACAUCUCCUACCGGCGCGCCCGCUACCUCGCCCGCCCGUCUCGCCCAUCAACACCGCCGACACCUCUACUCGAAAAGGCCACUUAUAGCAAAGGCGCCAAUGCAGCUCAGGCUCGCAAACCAGGUACAUGGAUCCCGUCCGGCUUCCAACGUCCCAAACCACCCGCAUACGAAAAUUGGUCCAUCGAGCACACAAAACCUCUUCCUUACCGCCCGUUCCGCUACGGGCCCAAGUACUUCGUCACCAUGGGCCUCCGUAACGUGAAGUGGGACGACUGGAUCGAACUGGACAACCACUUCCCGCGGUUUCACGGUGACAAGACCAGGCGGAUUCUGGAGCGCGGGCACAAGUGCUGCAAGACGGCGCCCGAAGCAUAUCCUGCGGCGUUAGAACUCCUCGAAGAAUUCCGCGCGUACUUGCCAGACCGGUACCCGACGCUGUACCAGCGCACGGAAAAGGGGAUCAAGAACCUGUGGUCGGGCGAGGAGCUCGACACGACGUCGCGGCCGCUGCCAGAAGACCCGAUGCAGACGGCGGCGCGGAUGGUGCAGGACGACCUGGCUAUCAUGAUCGAGGGGGCAGACGGACAGUACUACCUGCUCGCGGGGGCGAUCCUGCUGCCGGGCUUCUGGCGGCUGGAGGACAAGUACGGGAUGCCCCUGUCACAGAUCCACACGAGCGGCGACGUGCCGCAGUUCAAGGAGAAGCUGGAGAAGGGGAUGAUGAACUUUUUCCGCCGUCUCAAGCCCGAGGAGCUGGUGGCACGCAACAACUACUUCUUGCAAGUCGACGACGAUUUGGCGUGGUCAAACUCGAUCGGCAAUGAGGACAAUCCAAACAUCAGCUGGAACACGGCCGAGAAGGACCGCGCCAUCGAGCACCACUUCUUCCGCUCCGAGCGCCAGACCCUGCGCCGCCUGCCCCGCUCUGGCGGCGUGGUGUUUACCAUCCGCACGUACUUCCACCCCGUCAGCGAGAUCGUCGCCGAGGAUUACGUGCCCGGCCGCCUGGCCAGCGCCGUCCGCAGUUGGGGCGACGACGUGUCCCGCUACAAGGGCAAGGAAAAGUAUGGGGCCGUCCUGCUCGAGUAUCUCGACAAGAAGCACCAGGAGCAGUUGGAUAGAGGGCUAAAGUUGGACGAGGAGGACGAGAAGAGGAGUUAUCCCUGGUGA